GGGCAGCAGCAGCAAUAGAAGCUGAGCAGGGACUCAAGUUUGAAUGGGCCCCGAUGGUGCUGGAUGGAGCAUGGGCCAGGUUUUAGGGUUUGCCCACUGCAAGGAAUCUGGUUCUAUCUCCACUACACCUGACUCCACCCCUUCCAGCAUUGAAGGCGGAGAUGAAGAGCCAGAUUUCCCUGAGCUGCAGACAGCUCGGCACUGGUCGAAGGAUGAAGAGAAGGAGGAGGAAGAGGGGGUUGGGGGAGGCUGUCCGCUGGUUUGGGGGACCCCUCGCCAGAACUCCUGUGAGCUCACUUUCUCCUACAUCACCUUUGCGGAAGAGGAGGCCGGCCAAUCACAGCAGGACUCAGUGGGAGCGAGGAGGAGGCGGAGCCGGACGUCUGGACUGAGCAGGACUGACACAGCCGAGACUCUCCUUCUCGACACAACCAGGAGCUCCCCGCUGGGGGAGGAUGCCUUCGCACAGUGGGAUCCUGCUUUUUCCUUAGUGGAAGAUUCCAAGACUCAGGAACAAGGUUUAUCCAAGGACCUUCAGGGUGCUCCUGAGCGUAGCUUGGAAUACCAUCUCCAGCCUGGGAUUUCAGAGCCCUUGGAAGGACAGAGGGACAGAAUUCCGGAUGGACAGAUUUCCGAGACAGAGGAUGUCACUCCUGGGAGUUCAAUAAUCCCCGAGUCGCUGCAGUCCAGCGCUGACCCCUACGCGACCUUAGAUACCACCACACUGGUCUUUACCACACUGCCAGGGGCGGGGCAUCAGGACAUCACCUCCCACCCCAUUGGGCUGGACAGUCAGGAAGAGCAAAUCAGUGAGCAGUGGAACACAGCGUUAACCCAAUCAGAGAGCCCGAGGGGAGGCAUGCUCCUGUCAGUGGUCUCAGAGCUCAUCUACUGGAAGGACUCCAAGCGGACAGGCGCUGUGUUCACCGGCCUGGUGGUGGCGCUCCUCUCCCUGUCUCAGUUCAGCAUCAUCAGUGUCAUCUCCAACCUGGCCUUCCUCCUCAUGUGUGUCACCUUGGGAAUGAGGCUCUACACUAAGGUCCUGCAGGUCUUGAACAAGUCUGAUGGAGCCAGCCCCUUCCAGAAGUUCCUGGAUAUGGAUAUCAGCCUCUCUCAGAAGCAGGCUCAGAGCUAUGUCGACAGGGUCAUUUCAAUGGGCAACUCGGCCGCCAUUGAGCUGAGGAGACUUGCACUCAUUGAGGACUUCAUUGACUCCUUGAAGUUUGCAGUGCUGAUGUAUAUGCUGACCUACAUUGGAGCGGUGUUCAAUGCCCUUACUCUCCUCAUUAUAGCGGUGAUCUGCGCCUUUUCUCUGCCGCUGCUUUACAGACAACACCAGGUGCAGAUUGACAAGUAUGUGGAGCUGGUCAGAGCGCAGCUCAGUGACAUCCGAGCAAAGAUCCAGGCGAAAAUUCCAAGUGCCAAACCCAAAGAGGAGUGAGUCGGGUCAGAACAUUUGAAGUCUUUAAGGACAAUUCCUCAUUGUCGAUUUUAUAGACUGUAUAGAACUCCCAAUCUAUUUAUGACGUGGGUCCUAUCCACCGGGCUGCAAGGAGAAAGGAGUAUAGCGACUGACAGAAAAGAUUCAUAAAAAUGGUCCUGCUCGAAGAGAUCCUACAGUUAAAUGUUUCAUAGAAGUUCUAAACAAAAAUGAAAAGCAGCAAAACAUUCAAACCAAGAAAACUUCACAGAAAAUGCUUGAAUAAUCCUACCUAAUCCCUUCGAAAACUAACACAUGCAUAGACGUUUUCCCGAACGCAUUGUCAUGACAUUUACUGUAAUGCUACAAAAUUAUAUUAUUUAAUAGAACACAACAAUUACACUAUAAGUGUUAAUGAUUACAAGUCGUGCGUUUAAAAUUCUGGACGACAGUAGUUAUGAGAUAAUAAUUAAUACUUACUUGAAUGUUAUAUAGUGCUAUGUAGCAUAAUGCAUCAACCCAAAUACAUUGUUAUCCAUUCUGUAUUGCCCUCAGUCUAUGUGGUUUUACACCUUCUCACCUUCUAGAGACCUAUUCAAAAGCAGUAUUUUUUCAUGAUACAAAAUGGCUUAUUUCACUGUCUAAAGAAAGGCAUUUCAGGAUAUUACAUCAUUAAACACAGUAUGCAUUAAAGCAAAAAAAAAAAAAAAA